AUGGCUGCAUUGGCUGACCAGGAGACCUCCGGUCCACGACUUAUCCAGGUCAAUAGCGCCAUGCGCGACCUAGGCUCCGUCGUAAGUGAUGAGUAUGGCACCUUUGAGGUGUCCAUGAUCGAGGCCGAGUCCGACUUUGACGACCUGGGCAGACACAAACCCGUCCUCAACCGGUGCGAACGCGCCUGCUACGCAUGCUCGGAGGAGUGCCUGUUCAUCUGGCUGCUGCUGUCCGCUCCCUUCCAGAUCAUGACAUACAAGACAUUACUGUUUCACGCCGCGAACUUUGUAUUUUCGGUGGCCGCACUCGGUUGCGUUAUCGUGCUGUACAUGGCCAAGCUACCGCUGUCUUUGACUACGGCAUGCGUUGUCAGGUUCCGACACACUGAGACGUGGAUACUACGGCAUCUGCUGCAAUUCGACUGCGCGCUGUUCAAUUGUAUAUCGCCACCCGGUGAGCGGGUCAUGGUUUACAGCCCGUCCGUCCACAUGCAGCAGGAAGAGGGACUCUACGGCAUGUACGCUCAGCUCUACUUUGGCGGGAUUAAACUGCUGACCACGGGCAUCCCCGGCGCAAUUGCAGCAGUCAUGUUCUUCUGGUCACUGCAGAAUGCCAUCGCGACAACCAUACAGCUCGGCAGCGACUCGGAACCAGAAGCGAGCUCUAUCUACGGCCACUCGCUGAGCUCCUCCCACGAGCUGGACGUGAUGACGGUCGUGGCCAUCGUGGCCAUCUACGCCUGCGUGCUGCUGAUCCACGUCUUCGCCUUCAUCUCACGGCAGUUCACGAUAUUCUUCUGCUCGCAGUAUCUGCUGUACGCUGGCGGCGCGUAG